AGCGUUUAAACUUGUACAGUUCCCAUUGAAAUUUGAAGAAAACUGGUCUUAAACCUUAGAAACUUCAGGGUUUAAGCCCUAGAAGAACUUCGAAGAAUCAGGGUUUUUCUUUUUAAUGUGGAGCAGAGCAAGGUUGAGCUUGAGAUGGAACAUGCGCCGGCGGUUGUGCACGGCGGCUCCACGCCUGAUAGAGGAUGAAGGUGACUGGUUUUACUCAUCCGAGUGGUGGGGGUCGGAAUCCCAAUCCGAAUUCAAUGGAAACACUGUCUUCCGCUCCGUCUCUGAAAAAGGAAACGGCGUUGUCUCCGUCCUCGCUUACCCUUCUUCUAGACCCAACAAAGUUUACUGGCCAGAAACAGAGAAGUGGCUUGAGCAAAGAUAUGCAGAGAUGCAUCGAGGUUCUGAACACGGUGAACAUUUUAGGAUACUUGGAUAUCAAUGGCGUGUCCUUCGCUUUAACGAACAUACUCGCCAAAGUACAGUUAAAAUAAUGGCUGCUUACCGGGAAACCGAACCUGGCUCUAUAUGUAUUAUGCAGCAGCCACAGUGUCUGGCAAUUCCAUAUGUCAAGAGUAUGGUGUCACUUGGAUUGUCUACGAUAGCAUCUUCGAAUUACAAUCUAAUGGCAGCGGUACAUGGGAAGAAAAGGAUGCAUAUUUUAUGCAUUGGUCAUGGUGGGGGAAGUUUACCAUUGUUUCUGGCUAAUAAAAUUCAAGGUGCUGUGAUCCAUGUAGUUGAAAUUGACCCCGUUGUUAUCUCAGCAUCAGUCCAAGCAAUGGGCUUUCCAGCUUUCUCAGUCAUGACCCCAUCAGGUGAACGUGCCCUGUCAAAACAUGAUGUUGUUAACGAAGUAAUGUGGAAGGGCAUCCAUGAGAGGCUUUACCUCUAUGAAUCGGAUGCUGAGAAGUUUGUCCUUGAGAACAACAAUAUGUAUGAUAUCAUCUUCAUUGAUGCUUAUGACGGUGAUGACAUCUUCCCUAAUAAGCUAUGGGAUCCAGAUUCCCCCUUUCUCAAGUCUCUCAGUGACCGACUCCAUCCCAAACAUGGCACCGUAGUGGUAAACCUCCAUGCAGACUCCGAUAUCUCAAACCCCAAUGAGUCCGUUUCCCACUCCUACCAGCAGGUUCUGCCAAUCAGAAGGUAUGUCUCAAGAGUUUGCAAAGCUUACAAGGACGUCCUCAUCGGGGAGGAACAACCAUGCAACGGGAAAAUCGGGUGUGGUUUAGGAUUCGCUAUUUCAGUUCCUUGGGUGUGCAACACAUCCUUAGUUGUGAGCAGAGGAUUUGGGUUGAGUAGUGGAUUUGUUAACAGGGAUAUGGUAGUGAAUACCCUCAUAUCCAAUUCUGUCAAAGUACACCAAAUGUUAAACUUGCCAUUCUCAUGCUUGCAGUAUAUAAAGAGAGAUUUUACAGUCGUUUGAGUAAUGAUUCAAUGUUAAAGAAAGGAUUAAUAUCAUAUUUGAUCUCUGUAUUUUAUGAAAUUUUUAAUGUGGUAUUUU